AUGGUGUUUGCUAGCGAGUUGUGGCCAUCGCCAAAGCCCGCUGCCGCUGCGUCAACGGCGAGCGGAAAGUCGCCGCCGGUGUCUGCCUCGGGGAGUGCUGCUGCUCUUGACCCUCCUGCACUCUCUGCUCCUGCUGUUGCGCCGCCUAUCCCCGUGAACUCUGCGGCACUGACUGCCGCUGCUGAUCCUGCUCCACCAGAUGCCCCCGUUCUUAACGCCCCGAUGGUUGCAGCUGCCCCUGAUGGCGUCAUGGCAUCGCAACCAGUGGUGUCUGCCACCACUGACGGCCCGGGCCAGGUAGCGGUCUCUUUUGCUCCCGCCCCUCCGCCUGCGUCGCCGCACGUGCAGGCCCCAGACGUCCUGGCGGUUCCUGAUCCUGCGCCGCUUGCUGCUGCCCCGCCUGCUCAGCGUCCGCCCUCUCCAUGUAGCCGGCAGCAUCGGCCACACUCCCCUGCACCUCGUGACGAGCAGGAGAGGUCGCGGCGGCGACAUAACUCUCCUCGGCGCCGUGGUUCCCAGGCAAACUGGGCUGCCUCACGCGGUGGUCGCGGUGGCUGGUGGGGAGGGCGCGGUCGUGGUGAUGACUGGGGGUAUGAUCGGCCGGUGUCGAUGGCCGAUCUGCAGCGAGCUGUUUCUGCUGCGGUGCGCGAGGAGCGGAACGGGCAGGCAAGCCAGAGCAAUUUGCCUCACGUCGCUCCAACGCAUGCGUCCCUUCCUCCAGCUGCGCCAUAUGCGCCGGCGCCUCCUCUUCCCCAAUCGGCCGUUCCUCCUCCUCAUGCCCCCUCUGCAUCUGCUGCUGCUCUGGGGAACCGUAUGCGCCUGCCGUGGGUUCCUCUAGUGGCGGGUAUGGAGUUUGUGACCGUGGCAGGGGGACCCGUGACGGGUCAGUAUCCAUCUCUGUUGCCCGUCGCUCCUGCUCCGCCGUCUACUGCGCCACCUCAUCAGUCGCUGGUGGGGCCCUCUCAUUCCGCUGUGGUGCCGGAGGCUUCUCUGGGGCAGCUGUGGCACCUCUCUGAGGGUCUGCGGGUUGUUCACCUGAUUCAGGUGUAUGGUCACGCGGCUCUCGCCCAGGGUGUUCCUCUGGACAUUGGCCCUUGGGACGAGUGCCUAGAUGCCGCUGAUCGGCUGGGCGAGCUCCUGGCGCCCGUGUUGGCUGCGCCCGCGCGGGGUGGAGUUGCGGGCGUUGGACAGCUUGGGAUGGCAGUCCGUGGUCUGCGUCGUUUUUUGCGCGCAGGGACUGCAGUCGACUUGAUCGACGCAACCACAGUGGUGGUGCGCGAGCUUCAUCGCUCUCUGAUGGGUUUUCUCGCCGUCCUUGAUGCGGAUCAGAUGUAG